CGUUACCACUAGCAAUAUAUAUCUAUGGAGAAAUCACUAGGCGUUUCAUAUUUCCAUGGAGUAUAUCUUUUAGUUGUUGGACCGAUCAAUACUUCAUGAGUUUCGUUUGGGUUGAGGGUUCAAGAAGCACAUUGUGUGAAUUGUACGUUUUUAGAUAAGUGCACGCACGAGUUUAUGAUCUUUCGAGGAUGCUAGAAAGAAAAGAAUGAUUUGAAAAUUAAUCGAAAUGAUGAACAUUUGUUUAAAUAUUUCCCAAUGGAGUGUUAUGGUGACCAAGUGUUGAGUGUUUUUCAAUGGACGUUAUGUGUUUCCUUGAUGAGUGACUGCCAACAUUUCGAUAAAAAUCGACUGAAAUUAUUUUUAAAUAUAAUACAAACUAAAGUGUUGUCACCUUUUUGGAACGUUCAUUUUAUCUUGUUAAUUAAUUAACGAAGAUGAAGAGACAGAACGUUAGAACUUUAUCGUUGGUAGUGUGCACAUUUAUUUAUCUUUUGAUUGGUGCUGCGGUUUUCGAUGCACUUGAAUCGGACACCGAAAGGAAACGUCGGGAAUUUUUAUCGGAUAUACGCCGUAACAUGAUGAAAAAGUAUAACAUUAGUGAGGAGGAUUAUCGUAUGGUUGAGAUCGUAAUUAUUGAAAAUAAACCCCAUAAAGCGGGUCCUCAAUGGAAAUUUGCUGGUGCCUUCUACUUUGCUACAGUUGUUCUCGCUAUGAUUGGUUAUGGACAUUCCACUCCCGUAACCAUUGGUGGCAAAGCAUUUUGUAUGGCAUACGCUAUGGUGGGCAUACCACUUGGUCUGGUAAUGUUUCAAAGUAUUGGCGAACGUUUAAACAAAUUUGCUUCCGUUGUUAUAAGACGAGCUAAGACUUACAUGAGAUGUAAAAAGAACGACGCUACGGAAAUGAACCUAAUGUUGGCUACUGGAUUAUUAUCAAGUAUAAUAAUCACUACCGGUGCUGCGGUAUUUUCACGUUACGAGGGUUGGAGUUACUUCGAUAGUUUCUAUUAUUGUUUCGUCACGUUAACGACCAUCGGUUUUGGUGAUUUCGUUGCUUUGCAGAACGAUCAUGCACUUUCAAACAAACCAGGUUACGUGGCUCUAAGUUUGGUGUUCAUUUUAUUCGGUUUAGCGGUUGUCGCAGCUAGCAUCAAUCUAUUGGUUCUACGUUUUAUGACAAUGAAUACCGGAGAUCCACGUCGGGAGGAUAACGAUUUGCAAAUAACAGCCGAUCAUGUGUUAACCUUAGACGGUGAAGUAGUUGCUGUUAAUGGCAAAGCUUUGCCCAAUCUCGUGCCGAUAGUUCACGAUACGGACGAUUGCGUGAGCGUGUGUUCAUGUACGUGUCUUGGACCAACAAAUUCGGAAUUGUUGGAUUCUUCUGGUUACCAAGGUUACAGACCACCAUCAACCUCGGCGAGCUUUCGCGUUAAACGUGCAUCCGUCUGAUGGAAGGAGUUUCGUCGUCGUAGUUUACGUCGUCGACUUUCCAAGGCCGACAGCCGAGAACUUCUUGGCAUCGAUGUUUGAACUCGAAUAAAGAGAAAAAAAAAACAAAAAAAGGAAAAA